AGGAAGAGGAAAAAGAAGAGGAAGAGAAAAAAGAAGAGGAAGAGGAAUAGGAGGAGGAGAGAGAGAGAGAGAGAGAGAGAGAGAGAGAGAGAGAGAGAGAGAAGAGGAAGAGGAAGAGGAAGAAUUCAUAAGGUGCGCGUGCGGAAAUCAGGACAUAUCACGGGCCUUCGAGCGCGUAAAUUGGGAUACAUUAUAGAACAUCACUGA